AUGACCGUCCAGAAACCCACAGGUGGGGAUGCCAAUGGGGAUGCAGCCGACACUGGUCCAGUUGCGAUUCCGGAGGACUUCACCAUAGACAAGGAUGCUCGGUACACUGGCUCCGUAAUUGACUUCAACAAAUGGAGAGGGUUUGGGCACAUAGCCCUGGACCAGAAGGAGGUCGUGCCAGGGGACAAAGUUUUUGUCCACUGGAACAACAUCCAGACAGAGGACCGAUUCCCCCGCUUGCAGCAGGGGCUGCAGGUGGAAUUUGGCCUUGUGAUUUCGCAGGGCUGGCGGGGGUGGAACAAACUUCGGUCACUGAAGGCCAAGACCGUGACGCUCCCCGGUGGAGGCAUGGUGAACAUCCAGGCUGCCAUGGAUGCGGAGAAUAUGACGUUUGUUGGCGCACAGAACUUCCGCUACACUGGCACCGUCAAGUUUUUCGAUCCAUUCCGUGGUUUUGGGUGGGUCGUUAUAGACGAUGGCUACGCCAUGGACGAGCCCGUCCCAAAGGAGAUCAAGGUGGAAGCAUGGGAGCUCAACACGGGCGGCAAGCGCCUUCGAAUGAGAGUCGACAAGCUUGCGAUUGAGUUCGGCAUUGUCAAAAGCAAGAAGGGAGAUUCUUACAUGGCCUACAAUGUCACGCUGCCAGGUGGCGCGCCAAUUACUCAGGAGGCCAUGGAACACCGCAAGGAAGAAGGCGGUCAGAGGUAUACUGGAACCGUGCAGUGGUGGCAGAGGUGGCAGAACUGGGGACACAUUGUCCCGGAUGCCGGCCAAGCUUUGCCACCUGCAGUGCAAAUGAAGCUGGAGGCAGCGGUUGCUCAAGCGGCCGCCAAGGCCAAGCCAGAUGGAAAGCCUCCAGAGAUGUUGCUCUAUUUCCGCAAGGUCGAUUGCGAAUGGAGCCUCCGACCAGAAGUUGGGAAAAAGGUUUCUUUUACCGUCUACUUAGAUGACAAAGGUGCCGGGGCCAAGGAUGUCAUGCCUCUAGAGGAAUGA